AUGAAAAACAGGCCAGCCGAGAAGCACUGCGCCACGCUGGCCCCUGAGCCCCCGCCGGCGGACCGUGUCUCGAUCAGCCUUUACUAUGAAAGUCUGUGUCCCGGGUGCCGGCUUUUCAUCAUCUUCCAGCUCUUCCCCACUUGGCUGAUGCUCUACAACAUCAUGAACGUCACCCUGGUCCCCUAUGGGAACGCCAAGGAGACCCAGAGCCCUUCCGGGUGGAAGUUCGAGUGCCAGCAUGGUGAACAGGAAUGCCUGGGCAACAUGAUGGAGACCUGCCUCAUGUAUGAGCUACAAGGCUUGGAGUCUCCCCUCCCCUUCAUCUUCUGCAUGGAGUCGAGCGGCAACGUCACUGAGAACCUGUCAACGUGCCUGAAGAUGUAUGCGCCCUUUGCCUCGUUGGCCAACAUCACAGCGUGCGUCAACGGGGAUCUGGGCAACAAACUGAUGCAUCAGAACGCUGAGCGCACCAGGGCCCUGACACCGCCCCAUAAGUAUGUGCCGUGGAUUGUCAUCAACGGGAACCACACGGACAAACUCCAGAGUGCAGCUCAGAUGUCCCUUUUCCGCCUGGUUUGCGACUUGUACAAGGGGGAGCCACCAGCUGCCUGUCAAGACCCAAAAAGCCAAGGUCACAUCCCUGCUUCUUUUCAACUCUCCUACGCAUAACUCCGGGCCCCGUGCGGUAAGUCCGGAUUUGCUCCCCGUCCACUUGCUGGAGCCGCCGCCGCCCCCCCAAGAAGACCCCGGAAGUCUUAAGCAUGGAUGACGCCUCCUUCCUUCUCCUGCCCGAGGCCUCUCCGAAGAAAGAUUUCUGCUUUGUGACCUGACCUGUCGCCAUUUCCCUGUGGAACAUCCUGCCACUGGAUGGCAGGCUCAGGUUUGAAUGCUAGGAAAGCCAAAGGGACUCUGGAUCUCUUUUAGGGCAUGGCCAGUUGUAGGAUUAGGGCCUGUCCUUCUGGCCCCCAGAGUGUCACGUUUUAAAGCCCGACGGGUGUAUUGCCUUCGGAAAUAAAAGAUCGGUCUCUUUUGGCCCA